GGUUGCAACAGUUUGACCUUCACAAAAUAAAGCAUGCCGACCGGAUUCGAGGUAUUUUUCUGAGUGAAAAUAAUAUCCGAUAUUUACCAGAUCUGAAAAAUCUGACUUCUCUAGAGAUCCUAUUCCUUGCAAGAAAUCCAAUCCAGACCGUUUCCUACUCGCCCCUUCCUCCAAUGAUCAAGAAAAUUGAUCUGAGUUACGCCAGACUCCUGCAGCUCCCUCGGUCGUGGACUAACAACCAUCUUACCGUGCUUUGUUUAGAUGGCAAUCGUGUUGAAUCGCCUGAAGACCUUUUCAAUUCUAAAAACGUUUCCUUGAGUAACUUAAGGUUAUCGGAAAACAAGAAAAAUUACUUAAGUCCGUUGCCUUAUUUACCGAGCGUGGUUUCCCUUUCUAUCGUAGAUUCGGUAUUAAGUGCAGAAAUACCGAACAUGUGUUGGCCUAUGUUGUUUCCAAAUAUUAAGCAUCUUGUUCUCAGAGAAAACAAUAUUCUUGAGUUUCGAAUACCAGAUGAUAAAUGUAAUCUUUCUGAUUCUACGACCUCUUCAAGAUCGUCAACGCUUAUUAACCUGCAUCUUGACGAGAAUCGGAUUGCAUCCUUUUCCUUUCUCCGACGCAUUCCGAGCCUUCGACUACUCAACAUGGCACAUAAUGAUAUUCAAGAAAUGGACUGGCAAUCCUCCGACCAACAUGGCAAUAUAGCAGCAAUAAAUCUGUCCUACAACCGACUAGUUGUACUAGAUAAAUUUACUUGUAUGAGCGCACUUGGCAUGCUUGUCCUGUCCCACAAUCAAAUUCGAGUGGUCGUCCCAGGAGCGUUCAAAGGCUCUUUUAACAUUUGGUAUCUAAAUUUGGAUGGAAAUCAAUUAACAGAAGUUCCAGAUCUAUCCAUGUUGUCACAGAUUUCGUUCUUGGAUUUAAGCUUCAAUCGCCUUAAAGUACUGAAUGAGAGAGAUGUAAGAAACCUUACGGUUCUCCUUCGCCUAACACUUCAAUCAAAUGAAAUUAGUAACAUAUCACUUCCGCCAAAUCUGGCAUUACAUCGUCUGUAUUUACAAAAUAAUGCCUUGAAAUCUGUUGAGGAUAUUAGUGCUAUAUCUUUUGACGUAGGUGGAAAUAGGAUAAGCGAUAUUUGCUCAUUAGGUUUAUUUGAAAGAGUUUCAUUCAACAACAACAAAUUGUCAAACUUACGUUUGCCUUGGACAACGAGGCAGAUUAUUGGUUCUCAUAACCGUAUCAAAACAUUAACUGUCAAUUAUUGCCCUACCAACGACACUCAAAGUAACGACGGGUUGCAAAACACUCCCUGUAAUUUAUUCCAUAUUUCAUUACCAUGGAAUGACAUAUCAUACGUAGGUCCAGAAAGUAUGAAAGGGUGUUUUAUCACCUAUCUUAAUCUGGAAGGGAAUCCUAUUCUAUCAUUAUUUGUUGACCACUUUCCCGGAUUGAUGGUGCUCUUUUUAUCACAUACUAAUGUUCAUAAUGUUACCCUGGUUGCAUCUAAAAACACGUCUGUAACCUUACAAAGGAUUUCAAUGGUAAAUGUUACAUUGCGUUCUCUCAACCUCCUAACCAACUUAUCGUUUUUGGAAGAUUCACUUCUAUCGGUAACUGAUUUGGUCCUAACUGAAAAUCGCAUGGAUUAUAUUCCGGUGUUAACUGCGCCAUUCAUAAGGAAUUUAAAUCUAAGUUUGAACAUAAUCAGAUCCAUUCCCAGAGAGGCAUUCUCCCACAUCAGCAUGAUUAGAGUCAUCGAUCUUAGUAAGAACUUGAUUAAAAACAUCCCGAGCUUUGCCUUUUUUACAACGAUCCAUGUCCAAGAAAUCAAUCUUGAAAACAACCGAAUUGACUCAAUCGAGCAGUCUGCAUUCCCCAAUCAGAGCCAUUUUACCCUCCGCCUUGGAAACAACAACCUCAUGUCUUUGCUCCCAUCGUCUCGUCUCCCACUUCUCUCAAGGAACAUCUACUUUGACCCGAACCCCUGGCGUUGCGAUUGUGAGGAAAUGCCUCUUGUGGAAUGGCUCCAGAGGUCGGGGGUGCAGAGGGUCUACUGUUGGAGUCCAAUGAUUUUCAGAAAUAGAAGCGCUGUGAGUCUCUACCAUUCUGAUGUUUGUCCAAAAAACCGUGUCACAGAAACAUCUCCUACAAACGGUAUUUGCAAACACUUUCUUCUUAAUAGCACCGAAAGACAAUGGUUUCUUCAUUUAACUUGGAUUCUCUACAUAAGUUUUCUAUCGUGAGUGCACAUUGGAUGAGAAUUUAUGACUGAUCGGCAUUCAUAAAUAUGUUUUACGAAAGCUAAUUUUGGAUACACCACUAAAAAAUUAUUGUCCUAAAAUCAAUCAUACCUUUGGAGAAAAGAAAUAUUAAGAGCAAAAACUAUGCAGGAUCAAUUUCUUAGAUCGCGAAUUUUUAAUUUUUGCUUGAAU